AGGCGUCACAAAGUUUCAUUUGACCUGAGCUACUCGUUUCGUACGGACGGGGGUGCUGCAAGGCUUAAUUCGCUUUGUGGCUGAGAAAGACCCUUUGAACUUGAUCAGGCGCUGUCGUGGCACCAGCGCGAUACAAGCUAAAACACGGCAUUCUUUGCCUCCCCAUUCUCAUUCUUCAGGUUAAUCCCUGCGCAAGGAGUCCGUGCACCCGUUCGUUCCGCGCUGUUACCCGCCGAAGUUUAAACAUCUGUCAAGACAAUGACCGACUGGAUCGCCCUGUCUUACUCCCUGACCAUCAUUUGUUUGGUGGCGAUUGCAAUUUAUGCAAUCAUCUACACCAAGUUCUUCACACAGAAGAACGAGAAUGUGAAGCACGUUCUGGAGACAUCUGAAGGCUUCAUCACUGCCAGGAAAACACAAGGCAUGUGGAGGAUCGCGUGGAGCUUCUACGCUGGAAGUGUUGGUUCUUGGGUCAUCACCAGUACCGCAAGCUAUGCCUCGUAUGCAGGUUACCUGGGCGUGAUAUUCUAUGCCGUUGCUACAGGCAUUCCCAUCAUCAUGCAGGCAUAUUUUGGUGACAUUGUGCAAACUAAGUUUCCGAAUGCAAACUCCUUGGGUGAUUUCAUCCUGCUGCGAUUUGGGCCCACUGCGAAGUUGGCAACCAUCAUCGUGACUCUCAUCAACAUGUCAAUCUUCAUGCUCGCUGAGUUCACAACUGUCGGUGGCCUGUUCAGUGACUUUGUUGGUUCUGUGAGCUACCCGAUCAUCAUCAUUGUUGCAGUUCUCACCACUAUCUACACGGUUUAUGGUGGUUUGCUGGUAUCGAUCGUGACAGAUCAGGUUCAGGGUAUCAUCAGUGUUCUCCUCACGAUCAUUCUCACCAUCUACGUCGCUGCAACAUUUCGUAGAGAUCUCCCUGCAAACUUUGGUCCGUAUGAGCCGAUGCUUGGUCCGAAUCUCUCAGGCUACAGCUCCAUUUUCACCAUGCCGAUAUCUCUUGCCGCCGCUACAGUCUUCAACGAAGGCAUGUGGCAAAGAGUUUGGGCAGCUGAAGACCACACAGCUCUCAAAAGAGGAGGCAUCAUCGCCUGCUUUGCAAUAGUGUUUGUUGUGUUCAUCUUUGGUUUCGGUGGACUCCUUGCUGUGUGGGGUGGGUUGGUCGAUUACGAGAAUACCAAUCCCAACCUAUACAUCUUCCAGCUGUUCAAGUCAGAUCCGUCAGCGCCGAAUGCUCAUGUCGAGAACUUCAUUGAAGUCUUGGUACUGGUUCUCGCGGCUGUGAUGAAUGAGUCGGCCAUCGACAGCUUGCAGAACGGUCUGGCUGCGACCAUCUCAUCACAUUUCCUGCGAGGGAAGCCUUUGCUGUGGGCCCGUAUCUGUGUGCUGCUCAUCAACAUUAUCAUCGUGCCAUUUGCUCUGGCGAACUACAGUGUUCUUUCCAUCUUCCUGCUCGGCAAUAUGCUGGGAGUCUGCUGGUUCCCUCCUGUCAUAAUGGGAGGUAUCUGGGACAGUGAGCUCGGGAAACGUGUAGUCUGCGAGUCGAGCAUGCUGUUCGGCGGCGUCAUCGCCGUGAUCGCCUCCACUGUCUAUGGCAUCGCUGCUGGCCCUUCCCAAUGUAUCCAGAUGUGGAACGACGGAGCACUGUAUCCGCCUGCUCCCGACAUCUGCAGUUGCGCUAGUGACGCGGCUUUGUACAAUUUGACCAACCCAGGAGUGAAUUGCGCAACAGCUGGCGCCUACUGGACGUGGCUGGGACAGCCCUACAUGUGGCAGUACUUCCUUAUUGCGCUCGGCGUCUCGACGGCUGGAACUCUCGCCUUCGGCCUGUUGCACGAGCUCUUCUACAGGUUGAACAUCCACUUCAUGGGGGUCACAGAGCUCCUCCUCAAGGUCCCCGGAUACGCGGAACUUGCUGGCCUCACGGUAGAUCACGCUGAACUGCAGAGGAAGCAGGAUGAUGAUGCAGCGAAGCCGCAAUUCAACGGCGACGAUCAAGGCAUGCAGCAGGUGAAUGGCUCGCAGGACUCACAGAUGUUCAUGGCUGUGUCCCCGAGCAUUCCUGUCGUGCAUCCGUACCCAGCCGUGGUCCCCAUGCAGCCUCAGCUGUUCGCCCAGCCCGUUGUGAUGGUUCCGGCAGCUGAAGGAGGAAACGUGGCACUUCCAGGAAGCCUCCAGCAGGGCCAGCAGGGGCUCGCGUAGCUUCUUUGUGCUUCCAACGAGUCAGGAGAGUCCCGGGGCGAGAGUGUACUCUAGCUAACCGGCGACCCUAAAGUCGUUAGGAAAUGAAAAGGUUCGAAUUUUAACAAGUCAAGCGAUCGAAGCACGCGGAUGAAGCGUGCGACUCGUCUAGC